AGGCAGUUGGUGAAGGCAAGUGGAAGGCAUGACCCCCUCCUCAGACAAAGAGCUCAACGGGCUAGAUAACCCCAGCUUCAUGGGUGAAGAUGGGAAACACUACUGCUCCUCACUGGAUCGUGCUGCCCAGGGCCCAGAGGAAGGCAGGGACAUGGGCCACGGUGGUAUCAAGCUUGCCUACACUGUCAUGGACAUGCCCCCCUGGUACCUGUGCAUCCUGCUGGGCAUUCAGCAUUUCCUGACAGCCCUGGGAGGUCUCAUAGCCAUCCCACUGAUCCUCUCCAAAGAGCUUUGCCUCCAGCAUGACCUUCUCACCCAGAGCCACCUGAUCAGCACCAUCUUCUUUGUCUCAGGGAUUUGCACCCUGCUGCAGGUCCUCUUUGGAGUCAGGUUGCCUAUUAUUCAAGGAGGAACUUUUGCAUUCCUGACCCCCACCCUGGCCAUGCUGUCUCUCCCCAAGUGGAAAUGCCCUUCUUGGACACAGAAUGCCACCCUGGUGAAUGCCUCUUCACCAGAGUUCAUUGAAGUCUGGCAGACGCGGAUGCGAGAAUUGCAAGGAGCUAUCAUUGUAGCUUCUUGCUUCCAAAUCUUCGUUGGAUUUUCUGGCCUGAUUGGAUUCCUGAUGAAGUUCAUUGGCCCCCUGACAAUCGCGCCCACCAUCACCUUGGUUGCACUUCCUCUCUUUGACUCGGCUGGUGAUGAGGCUGGGCAGCACUGGGGCAUAGCGUUCAUGACUAUUUCUUUCAUAGUUCUGUUCUCUCAGUACCUGAAAGACGUCCCUGUGCCACUGCCAUCUUACCAGGGAGGCAUGAAGUGCCACCUCUCCCCAGUCUACCUCUUCCAGAUCUUCCCGGUGCUGAUGGGGCUGUCCCUGAGCUGGCUGCUCUGCUACGUGCUGACGGUGACCGACGUCCUCCCUGCAGACCCCACUGCCUAUGGCCACCUGGCCCGGACGGACAUUCGUGGGGAUGUUUUAUCCCAGGCUCCCUGGUUUCGGCUGCCUUACCCAGGCCAGUGGGGAAUGCCAACAGUCAGCCUGGCUGGAAUAUUUGGCAUCUUAGCUGGGGUGAUUUCCUCCAUGCUGGAGUCUGUGGGAGAUUACUAUGCCUGUGCUCGCCUGGCCGGGGCCCCGCCACCACCAAAGCACGCCAUCAGCCGUGGCAUCGGGGUAGAAGGCAUCGGCUGCCUCCUGGCUGGUGCCUGGGGGACGGGGAACGGCACCACCUCAUACAGCGAGAACGUGGGGGCCCUGGGCAUCACCAAGGUAGGGAGUCGAAUGGUGAUCAUUGCCGGUGCCUGCACCAUGCUCCUCAGCGGUAUCUCCGGGAAAGUCGGGGCAAUGCUUGCCAGCAUACCCACCCCCGUGAUCGGAGGCAUGUUCCUUGUGAUGUUUGGAGUUAUCACGGCAGUGGGGAUUUCCAAUUUGCAGUACACUGAUAUGAACUCCUCGAGAAACAUCUUUAUCUUUGGAUUUUCUGUAUUUGCUGGCCUCACAGUUCCCAACUGGGCAAACAAAAAUAGCAUGCUGCUGGAAACAGGAAUCAUCCAGCUGGACCAGGUGAUCCAGGUGCUUCUCACCACUGGCAUGUUUGUAGGUGGACUCCUGGGGUUUAUCCUUGACAACACCAUUCCAGGAACACAGGAGGAGCGAGGGCUCCUGGCAUGGAAGCACAGCCACAUGGGAGAGGCAGACAUCUCUCAGCUCAUUUCCAAGGUGUAUGAUCUUCCAUUUGGCAUAGGCACCAAAUACUGUGCUGUCUCUUGGUUUCGGUAUCUCCCUGCUUGCCCCAAAGGGCUAUCCGGUGGCAAGAGAAUGGAUGAACUGAAAGCUGCCAAACAGGAAAGCAGUGUUAGAGCAAGCUCAGAAAGAGACUCUGAGAUAGGUGCUGAUACAAGGAUAUAAGCACCUUCCUAUCUCGGAAGCUGAGGUCUGAAAAGGAUGUCUGCAGCCCACAACAUUUGAACAUGAGCUGGCAGCUGUCAGAGGCUGGAGCAGGAGAAUGAUAAUGCCUUUCUCUUCCCAGCUGUGCCCCCUGCACCUCGAGGGAGUAAUUUUUCUCCUCUCUGCUCCUGCCUGCCCACCUCUAGGAAGAACAUAUUCCUUCUUCAGGGAACACCAAAGGCCAAGAAAUGCUUGGAAAAGAUGUUCAAUUUCCUUCCUUGUACCAAACCUUGGGGACCCCAAGGAGCAGCUGUUUAGCUGAAGCAGAGCUGUUCCUGUCCUCUGUCCUGGCUGCCCAAGGAACCACAGAAGAUAUCCCUGAUGCGGGCCCUGUACCACUCUCAGGCAUCCCUAGGGCUGAGGCUAAUCCCCACCACCUUAAAGAUCUGUAAUUGCAAUGCCCACCUCUCAGCUUGUGUUUCACACUCAUCCGGCCAGGGGGAAGGAGUGGGCACCUUUAGGUCAUGAUUGUUCUUAUUCCAUAUUCCCAUAAUUUAAAGUCAGUCAAAUGAAUGUGGUUGCAACAGAGGCGUCUAAGGUUAAUGGGCUUGACUGUCUUCUGAACGUGCCUCUCCUAUCUUAGACUGCAGAGGGAAUCUAGAGACCUUCUGUUCUUGACCUAACAAAAACCCAGCUUCACUGCAAUGAAUCCCUGAGCAGUCUCAGGGAAGCCAGCUUCCCCAGAGCACCAAACCCUACAAAGAUGAAGGCGACAAUUCUUCUGCUCACAGUGAGAUGCAUCCCUGUUACUGCUAUGUCCUGUGUCCCCUCCACUGUACUUGUUUGGUCUGGUGAUUCUGCAGUUACAACCACUUCUCUGGAAAACAGUUUGCAGAUUCUUAUUCCUGUCCACUGUCAGCAGAAACAGCCUUAACCUAUAUGGCCAUGUCCAAUGCAGUUGCAUGCAGUGCUGGCUGCUGGUGGUGUGUAAUAACAUUGUUGUAGUAUGAGCUUGUGUUUCCAGUACUGAGAUUUAUGACUUAGUUGGGUUUUUAUUGAAAAUAAAUGAAAUGUACAGUGUAAUGGUAUUUCUCAGGGUGAUCACCAUAGUGAGUGGCUGAUAGCAUUCUAAGAAUCAGUGUAUAAGGGACCUUUGGAGGUCAUCUGGGCCAGCCCCUGCCCAGAGCUGGUCCUGUUAGACCAGGUUGCAGAGGACUGUGUCCAGUUGAGUUACGGGUGGAGAGCCAUAGCCUCUCAGGGGCAGCCUGUUCCAGUGUCUGACCACCCCUGUGGUGAAAAGCAUUUUCCCUCAUGUCUACCUGGAAUUUCUAAUGCUUCACCUUGAGUCUGUUGUCUCUUGUCCUAUGACUGUUCUUCUCUGAGGAAAGUCUGACCCCAUCUUCUCUGUACCCCCCACUCGACAGCUGAAGGCCAUGAUAUGAUGUCCACUUUGCCCUCUUGGGUCAAGACUGAACAAAACCUGGGUAGUUUAAUUGUAAAGUUUUAGUUCCUUAUGCUUAUUACAGUCCUGUUCUUCAGUCCCAUCCUGCAGCUGUAGCAGUAUGUGGCUUAUUUUGCCAGUAAGGGAUAUAUUGUUUUUUUUUUUCCUUUGGGAGUGAAUGAAGUCUGAAUAGAUCAACUGUAUGAGCACUGGGAUCCAAAAGGAGGAAAGAUUGUGGUACAAAUAGUUUGCUGUUAUGGGCAGAUUGCAGUGCCUCUGUUGAAGAUUGUGGUUGUUAUGCCUUUGGGAGAAAAAAUAAUUUGCACAAGUAUAAUCUGAUCCCUCCCCAUCAUCAGAGAUUUUACAGAGAUGACUAGUCCCAGGCAUCUCAACUCUGGCAUCUGCAUCUUCCACAACCUAGAUUACAUCUCUAGGCUUAUUUAGAGCCAGCCUGUUCUCCCAGAGAUCUAGCAAAGAAACCCAUGGUGUUACUCAUCAUCACUCACAAAUUUACUUGUGCUGCAGCACGUGUGAAAGCAAGUUGUUACUCUACCUCAGCCUGUUCCCGUGUCCUGUACUGAACCUGCCAGGCUGCUGCUGGCCAGACCUGCCACACACUGGAGGAGUAGUUUUGACUGGAACAGAAUCCACAGCUAAUGACCAAGGUACACAAGCCACACCAGCAGGGCCAAAACCUGCUGUACUCUAUAGCCUUCAGGUGCUCCAUCUGCCAAGUGAGACCUUUUCCUUCAGUGCUGCAGUUGGGAUCCCCACAUGGAAAAAGCGAGGUGGGAAGCACAGAUGGGGAACCCUUGGUAAUUACUGGCUCUGUGUCAGCUCUGUGGAGGCUGCAGCCAUAUCUUUUUACUUCUCCUCAUUAAGACAUGUUAGGAUUCUGGCAAGUGCCAGAGGUUUGUAUUUGCUUUAGCUCUGUUCAAAAAAACCCAAACUAUUGCCCCAGGUUUUCCUGCAAAUGUAAGUCUUCAUUUGGCUUCUAGUUCCCCACGCCAAGGGU